GCCCGGCCCGGAGGCGGAGCCAGCGCCCGGCGCGGCGGGAUCGGGAGCCACAUCCCGCAAAGGAGGAGCGGGGCCGGGCACGGCAGCGGGGCGGCGGCGGCGGGGCCCGAGCCCAGCGCCCGAGCUCCAGCAGCGGGGCCGCCCCGCAGGAUGUGGUGGGACGAGCGGGUGUCGGCGCGGUUCCGGAGGAACCUGCAGCCCACCCUCACCUACUGGAGCGUCUUCUUCAGCUUCGGCCUCUGCAUCGCCUUCCUGGGGCCCACGCUGCUGGACCUGCGCUGCCAGACCCAGAGCUCGCUCUCGCAGAUCACCUGGGUGUUCUUCUCGCAGCAGUUCUGCCUCCUGCUCGGCAGCUGCCUCGGAGGGGUCUUCAAGAGGACGCUGGCCCAGUCCCUGCUGGCGCUGUUUGCCUCGUCCCUGGCCAUCUCGCUGGUGUUUGCCAUCAUCCCCCUGUGCCACAACGUGGUGGUGCUGGCCGUGGUCAUGGCCGUGGCCGGGCUGGCCAUGGGCUGCAUCGACACCAUCUCCAACAUGCAGCUGGUCAAGAUCUACCAGAAGGACUCUGCCAUCUUCCUGCAGGCCCUGCACUUCUUCGUGGGUUUCGGGGCGCUGCUGAGCCCCCUGAUCGCCGACCCCUUCCUGUCGGACACCAACUGCAUCCUGGCCAACGGCACGGCCAACGCCUCCAGCAACCUGCCGCACAUCCGCAAGUCCCUGGUGCCGCACCACCCCGGCAACCUGUCCCACUACGACCUGCCCAUGAAGGGCAUGGUGGUGACACGCGUGUCCUACGCCUUCUGGAUCAUGGCCCUCAUCAAUCUGCCGGUGCCCAUCGCUGUGUUCUUCCUGCUCUACAAGGAGCGGAUGGUGCCCUGCUUCAACGGCAGCAGCCACCCGCUGCUGUCAGCUGACGAGCUGGCCCUGGAGACACGGCCUGGGGACAAGGACGAGCUCUGCACCGCUGGCCACAGACCUCACGCAGCCGCAGGUCACGAGGAUUUGUUCAGCUGCUGCCAAAGCAAGAACUUCCAAGGGGUUUCCUUCACCUAUUUCGCCGUGCACAUCACCGGGGCUCUGGUUCUCUUCAUGACUGACGGGAUCGUGGGAGAGUACUCGGGCUUCGUGUACAGCUACGCCGUGGAGGAGCCGCUGGCCGUGGUGCACAAGGUGGCCGGGUACCUGCCCAGCCUCUUCUGGGGCUUCAUCACCCUGGGCAGGCUCAUCUCCAUCCCUGUGUCCUACAGGAUGAAGCCAGCCACCAUGGUCUUCAUCAAUGUGGUCGGGGUCCUCAUCACCUUCCUGCUGCUCCUGAUUUUCUCCUCCAGCGUGGUUUUCCUGUUUGUGGGCACAGCAUCCCUGGGGCUGUUCCUCAGCAGCACCUUCCCCAGCAUGCUGGCCUACACCGAGGACAUCCUGCAGUACAAAGGUUGUGCCACCACCGUGCUGGUGACUGGAGCUGGCAUUGGAGAGAUGGUGCUGCAGCUGCUGGUGGGCUCGAUUAUCCAUGAUCGGGGCAGCUACAGUUUCCUGGUCUGUGGGAUGAUCUUUGGAUGCUUGGCCUUCACCUUCUACGCCCUGCUGGUGUUUUUCCACAGGAUGUACCCCAAGCCCUCCCCAGAGCUGGACGAGGCCUCCCCGGAGAAAGCAGCAGUGCCCGAGGACACGGGGCAGUACCAGCGCUGAGGGAGGCCCGGCUCCGCACAAGCAAUAAACCCAGCCCCAAUUAAGCAUUUCUCCCAAGGGUGAUUUCACUUUUAAUGAACUGAAUCAUGCAAGUUCUUUGCAAUCAAAAGCACAGUAGGUGGGGUAAGGCAGAAUCGAGGAAAUCCAGCCCAAAAUGUCGAGCUGAGCACUGGGGUUGUGCCAAAAAUCCUGCCAGCCUGAUCCUGGGACUAAAAGCAGGGACAUUUGCACAGCAGUUCCUCCUGCAAAUGAAGUUUUUUCUCCUGCAAAUGAAGUUUUUUUUCUCCUGCAAAUGAAGUUUUUUUUUUCUCCUGCAAAUGAAGUUUUUUUUCUCCUGCAAAUGAACUUUUUUUUUUUACCUGCUCAGGACAGAGGGUGAAAAGGAAAAGCUGCUCUCUGCUCCUCAUCCAAGACUGAAUGUCUCCCUGGCUUGAAUAGAUUUUAUUUCUGGCCCGUGGUGCACAGGAACCCCCUGGAAUUUGCAGCACAAUCCUGGGUUUUCAUUCGUUUUUGUGACUAAUUCUGUGCCACCUCCCUUGAUCCUUCCAAAGGGGGGAAGUCCCACAGUGGCAGAGCCCCCAGGUGCACACAGGCAGCAGGGCCUGUCUCUAUUUGCACAUUUAAUUCCUGUAUAUUCCACACUAAACAGUGUCUUACUCAGCAUGCUCAGGCCUCUUAAAUGAUUUUAAGUAAUCAUUUAUCAUUUGCCUUUUUUUUCUUUUUUUUUUUUUGGGGGGGGUGUUUACUUUUUGGGUUUUUUUAAGUCAAGAAUGAGCUGUGCUGGUUCCUUUUGCUUUAAGUCACUCCUCGAGCUGCUCCAGCUGCAGUGUCUUAUUUUAAUGUUGGUUUUAUUUCCAACUUCCAAGCCAAGCUCCAAGAGAGAAGAGAUUUUUUUUUUUUCUUUUUUAAUUUUAUUUUUGGGAGCCAGGCUCCAGCUGCUUCACCUGUGCAAUCUCCUCAUCCAGGUGCCUUGUGUAAGGUACUCCCACAGCCCACGCAUGGCCUGUCCCAGCCACCAGGAGAGGACUGGAAUUUUGGGGAAUGUCAAACUCCUCGUGCCAGGAGUGGCUGUGGAUGCAACUCCUUGCUUGAACUGCUGUAUGUGAUGUACAUAUGUACGUGUGUAUAUAAAGCAGUGUUUAAUUAAAGGUGAUUGAUUGCUAAUUGCUCGCUGACUGGAUUCACUCCAACACCUCCAGUUCUCAGUUUUUAAACUCAUUAACUUAAAAUCUAACAGUUUUUUGUUUCUUUUUUUUUUUAAAUUAAAGUGGUUUUGGAAUUUGCAGAGUUGUGGAAUGGUUUGGGUUGGGAGGGACCUUAAAUCCCAUAAUCCCUUAAAUCCCAUAAUCCCUUAAAUCCCAUAGAGCCUGGAUGGGAUCUGCUCUGGGGUUGGAACUGGAAUCUCUGCUAGGGUUGGAAUCAAAUCCUAGAAGGGUUUGGGAUGGCAGGAUCUUAAAAACCUCCUCAUUCCAAGGCCAGGGACACUUCCACAGUCCCAGGUUUCUCCAGCCUGGCCUUGGACACUUCCAGGGUUGGGGCAGCCAUGGAUUCUCUGGGAAAUUUCCAUUUUUCCAAGCAGCAGCUCUUCCCUGCCAUUAAAUAUCUCCACAAACCCCAGUAGAACAGAGGCUGGAGUUGUUGAAUUGCCAUUUUCCUCCCUCAAGGUGAGUUUGGAUCGGGUCAGUGCAGCUGAAUUCUGGGUUUAGCUCAUCCCUGACCUUCAGGGACACCCUCCUGCCUCAAAUCCCAUCCAUUCUGUGAUCCUAUAAUGAAACCAAACCCAAUUCCAGGCCAGGCUGGAGCACCCUGGGAUGGAAUGAGGAGGUUUCUAAAUUCCUGCCACCCCAAACCCUUCUGGGAUUUGAUUCCAACCCGCCCAGGCUGUAAUUCUUCUGCAGCUCCACAGGAUGCCACUGUUCCUCUCCUGGACCUGCCCAAAUAAAUCACCCGGGAUGAAACCACCACAGACUGCAAAGGCCAUUUACAGCAAAAUAAAACCCCUCAAUCUGGCCUUCCUUGAGCCCCUCCCAGCACGAGAGCAUCUCUGGGCCCUGCUGGGAGGAAAUGAGCACCAAAAUUUGGGAAGAAAUCUCCUCAGUUUGUGUCACAGCAGCUCUGGAAUCAUCUCUCGUUCUGGCCUGGCAGCUUUGGUAAAACAGAGCUCAGUCUCUUCUCAGUUAAAAUCCACCACCACAGUUCUUGGGCUUGGCAACUCCCAUCUCCAUUUUGGCUACUUAGAGGGGAAAAAACCUAUUUUCACCAGAAUAGCACCUGAUUUAACGUUAAAAUACAAUUUACCUCGAGGUCUGAUGAACUCUCUCCUUAUCACAUCCCCUGCAUCUGAAACUAUUUUCUCUACUGAAAGUAAAAGUAAAAAAAAAAAGUCAAAUGAGCAGAAACUUUGUUAAAAAUAUUUAUUUAAAAAAAUACAAUUGUUUUGCAUGUCUGGUUGCACAUAACUAUUAACAUAUGAUUGACUUGAAUAAUUUGCUACAAUGCUUUUUUUAAAGCCAGCUUGCAUUAUACAAAGCAAAAUCCCUCUGUCAGUUCUUACAUAAAAUAGUUUUCUUUAACUAUUCCCACCCCAUUUUUUUUAAAAAAAAAAGAUUGCAAUACAUUGAUUUUUAUUUUUAUUUUGUUGUAUUUUUUUUUUUUU